AACGUUUCUAUUAUUUGACUUAUAACUUGAUGAAAUAGAAUGACACGACGAUAGUCGGGCCUUUCUUGAAGAAAACAGAGUGGAAAUCAAGGUCAACGUCAUUGCAUAAGUGUUACCAUCUAUAAAACUGACCACGAUGACAAUAUAGGUCAGCAGUUUUUGUGCAGGAAAGCAAGAGCUCACAACCAUGUUCUCAAUCGUAUUCCUUGCGACGGUCGCAGUUGUGCACUGUGCCACCACGGUCACCAUGCCAACGGACAUGCCGACGACGGCUGCCCCUAUGACGACGACGGCUGCCCCUAUGACGACGACUACUCCUCCCACGGUCCUUUUCGACAUGAAACACCACAAGGCGAUGGUGGUUGCCGCGGACGGUUGCUAUGAGUACCACAUGAACCACCAGGAUACACUUGAUUAUGCCAACAACUUGGCUGCUCUUACGCAAAGAGUCAUCGAUGCGUGGAUGGCUAGGACAAACACACAGGAAACUGGACACAACCAUAUCAACCACAUGACACCGGAAAUUGUAGCCGCGUGCGCGUCACUUCCUGUUUACAGUUUCGAUUAAAAAUAUCGAGCAUACUGCACGUAUAUGGAUCGACGUGUUUGUUUGAUCUAAAUGUAAUUAAAGUAAAUUAUGAUGUUAUUACAUUUUACUGUUUGACUGGAUAAUAAAUUGAAAUGCCUUAUCAUU